UCGUAUACUCAAAUGUUCCUUCUAGCUUGACGGAAAGUAGAAUCGCCGGAGUCAGCAUGGAUGACAUGGAGAAAUGGCCAGAAAUAGAGAAAGUCGCAAAGGAGAAGAGACGUGAGCUGGUCUUACAGGGUCCUGGUGUGGACACGCGGAUAAACUCUCACGGAGGACUCACCUCGUCCAUCUAUUCCCUCACACUGCUGAAUUAUCUGGAGGUUAGCCAGUGUCCGAGUCUGACUCAGAUCCACGAGGACAUUCAACGCUUGACGAACCUCCAGAGCCUCAUCCUCUGUAGGAACAAACUCUCCUCCUUCCCGAGUGUCAUCGGGAAGCUGAAGUCCCUGAAGGUCCUGGACCUGUCGGUGAACAACCUCACGGUUUUGCCGGAGGGCAUCGAACACCUGGGAGAGCUGAACACUUUGAACGUGAGCUGCAACAGCCUGGAUGUGCUUCCGGAGGGGCUGAGCCAGUGCACCAAGCUCUCCACCAUCAACAUCUCCAAGAACAACAUCAGCGCUUUCCCCGCGAGCUUCUACUCCGAGCGGCUGGAUCUCCUCAGCAGCCUGGAGGCCUCCGACAACUGCAUCCAAGAGCUGAGCGAAGAUGUCCACAAGCUAGCUGCUCUGAAGAUGCUGGAUCUCUCUAACAACAAGCUGAGGGAGAUCCCCUCGGGUCUGAGCAACUGCCCCAAGCUUAAGGAGAUCAACUUCAAAGGAAACAAGCUGAGCGACAAACGGCUGGAAAAAAUGGUCAAUGGUUGCCAGACCAAGUCCAUCCUGGAGUAUCUCAGAGGAAAAGGGAGACAGGGAGAGGACGGGGGCGACGCGGACGGUGGACGCAACGCUGACAAAAAGAAGAGGCAGCAACAGAGGAAGAAGAAGAAUGAGAAGACGGCAGAUGAAGCAGAAGAGGUGGAAGAAGUGAAUAAGAUGGUGGUGAGGAUUCUCCACAUUUCAGACGCCUCCACAGCACUCACUGUCAAAGUCACUCCAGAGGUUAAGGAUGUUCGGCCCUACUUGGUGUGCUGCGUGGUCCGGGGCAUGCACCUAAAGCCUGGGAAUUCUCUCAAACGCUUCCUCAUGGCUCAGACCAAGCUUCACGAUGAUUUGUGCGGUAAAAGGACCACGGCGACCAUUGCAGUUCACGAUGUGCAGCUUCUCAAGGCUCCACUCGUUUAUGACGUCAAGCCACCUACACAGCUGAAGAUUGUUCCACUCGGUCGGAAGGAGAUGACAGCGGUGGAGCUGGUGAGACACCUUCACCUUGAGGCUGAGGAACUGAGGAGACAGAAGAAAAGGCAGAACGUUACUGGCCUCCACAAAUACCUGCAGCUUUUGCAAGGAAAAACUCUUUACCCCUGCCUUGUUGAUGCUGAGGGACAUGUGAUCUCCUUUCCACCCAUUACCAACAGUGAGAAAACCAAGAUUAAGAAGACGACCAAAGAGUUGUUUCUGGAGGUGACGAGUGCAGCCAGCCUGCAGACCUGUAAAGAUGUUAUGGACGCUCUGAUUGUAAAAAUGGCAGAGUUGAACAAAUUCACGGCGGAGCAUCAGGAGGAGGCGGGGUCAGAUGGAGAAGGGAAUGGGCCAACAGAGCCGGUAACCAGCAGCGACACCUCCAGUGAACUGAUCGUCGAGCAGGUCCGAACCGUUGACCAAGACGGGAACCUGAAAGUCGUCUACCCGUCAAAGACCGACCUCUCCACAGACGCCAGCAACGUGACCGUCGUUUGGUAGUCGAGCUGUAGACGACCGCGCGACGGUUACACUUACUCACACAAGUGUUUGCCAGAUUUAUUUAUGGGGACGAAAAUAUCACCACACAGUUCACAGUAAUUGUCGAGUAAACGUGUGCAUCAAAGUUUGGGACUGUUUUUACUGCCAUUUCUCUAACACCUCAUACUACAUUAAAAAAAUAAGCCGGCCAUUUCCAAGUGAUAACCCGUGUGUUUGAUGAUUAAUUAAAAGGUGUUAAUGUCUUAAAAAAUCGAUUUAAACAAUUUAACACUUGAGAUGAAACAUACUGCACACUGCAUUGUCUACUGAUGAAUUUAAACAUUGUAUGGAUGAAUUAAGCUUAUGCAAUAAUGUCACCACCUUAAAUUAUGUUCACGGCAAAACGGUCCAAAUAUUUUUGUAUCACUUGCACACUAAAGACAAUACGUUGGUAUAAAUAAAUCUUGGUUCUUG